GACUUCCUGCUUUUAACAGGAAAAUCACCUUAAGACGCUGGAGACGUCGCACUCCAUUGCUCUUCCUGACUUGACAACUAAUCUUCACACUUAAAAGAAGUGAAGACUUCCAUACAGGUAGAUGGCCACCAUGGAUCAUGGGGCAGUCCGGCCACUGACAGCAGUGGCGUGGACAUCCAACAUUUCCACCUGCCCUAAAGACUUCACCUUGAUCAACAUCACUGAGAAUGGAGCAAACGCAAACUUCACACGCAGCUUCCCACCGAGAUACAGUUAUUACCUUUGUUACAGUAAGGCCACUUCAGGUGGUAUGGUUGUGUCAGACAUACAGCUCAUCACUGACAAGGACGCCAUUCCUCAUGGCUACUGCUUAAUUGCGGAGCACCUGGAACCAAAAGCCACCGUUUGGAAGAAGAAGCACAUAUGUGUGCGCGUCGUCCCGGUCGGUAGUGUGGACACAGCUGUCUUGGAUAUCAAACUGACAACCAAAAGCAAAAUGAUGUUACAGCACUACACUUAUGUCGGAGACAUCCACGGCUACGUGUUGUGGUGCAGAAAGGGUCAUUUUACCAGCUGCACGCCGCAAGCCAAGCCCCGCAGUGUCAGUCUGGACCUCCGCAGACUCUCACUGGAGCUUCCAUCUACUCCCCAACCUCUAAAACCCAGCAACCCUCCUCAAGUCCCUCAAGGUAAACUCAGCCACAGGCGCCACUCCCUCCACGGAACGGCGUCCAAACCAGUUGACAGCAGCAUCCAGGGAAUCACAGCACUAGAUGGAGUGCCCUUCAGCCUUCACCCAAAGUUUAAUAUCAAGCCAAAUGCUACGAAUCCUCAGCUGAACUACCAGCUCAACAACAUCCGUAUAAAAUCCCUCCAGGACAUAGAAAAUGAGUAUAACUACACCUUUUCAGUGGAGGAGUUUGCUGCCAAGAGGACCAGGCCACUAGUGUCAACAUCCUCAUCAGCUCAGUGAGCUUUGUUCUUUUCCAUGGCAACAACAUCUGACCUCCUGCCUUUGUGUAACGUCGCGGUACAAAUGAAGGGACGUCACAUCUCUGCGCAGCUUUGGAACAUGAAGCAUCUGAAGGAAGAGUGUGAUUUAAAAGUCACGCAUUAAGCAUCUUUUUAAAAUGUUAAUCAUGGCAUCUUCAAACAUUCCGGUGAAUUCUUCCAUUUGAAGAAAUAUAUUCUUUGCGGGAAUAACAGAGUGAACAAUGUUGUGAAUAUAUGAAUAUUUAGCUGAUUUGCUGUUUGGGAUAAAUCAUCUGCAGUGCUAGUCCAUCGUGAUUGCUUUUACAUGCUUCAUUUAUGGUGCAAAUUUUAAGGAUGCCCCAAUACUGUCUGCUGUUGGCCACCUUACAGUGUACAUUGCUGAUUUGCUCAAAACACACACACGGGCCACAUUUUGAUUUUCUUGGUAAAUGCAUGUCUCUGCAUGUAUCCAUCUUGAAUGUCUGAUACAGUAUCUUAUUUUGAGAUCAGCAAUAUUUCCUUCAGUCCAAUAAAAAACAGAGGAAGGACCUAUUUUGGGGCCAUUUAUGUUUAUAUAUUAAAAAAGUCACACGUAUAAUGAAUCUACCUACUUUUUGGUAGCAUAAGAUCCAGAUACUGUAUUUAUCUACAGGAUGUGAUUGUACAAGGUAUAAAUGUUCUUUUUUUUUAAUGCCCUCAAAAGUAACUGUAUAAUGCUUGAGGAAAUAA